AUGAAGUUUAACACGUUGUCUGUCCUAUCAGGACUGCUCCUGGCUAGCCUCCCCGGUCAAGUGGUAGCUACUACCGGGACCUGUUCGGGUGUGGAUGCUACGACCUGCAACUGUCCCAACACUGCUGUCAAGAGAUACCAGGCGCGAUCUUACACCUACCCAGAGUCUCUGUUCCCUCGAACGGGCGACUCAUGCCCUGAUGGCACACCCAGCUGCUGCACUCACUAUGGACCUGGACCACUGCAAGUGUCAGAAGACACGAGCCAAGCCGAUCUUCAAUGCGGCAAGAAAUUCGGCGACGAUCAGCAGGAUGUCACCAACGGUGUCACUUACACGAUUGAGGACUGCCCCGCAAACGGAGCAUACGCCGGGAAGAAAUGCCUUCAUGUUGCCAUCAGCCCUGCGGCUGGUGUGCAGGUGACGGACAUCCACUUGCAAGUAGACGAUGCCCCGAUUACGCUCAACACGAAGCUGGGGACAUGGGCCUUCAACAAAUACUGCACAACCAACCCUACUGAGUGUUGGGUCCCAACCGAUAGCAUCAUUGCUACGUUCCCGUACCCCAAUCCCUCGUCCCUCUGCGAUCGCACAAUCUAUGUCGCAGUUGGCGUUUCUAUUUCUACAGCAGGCUCUGGCUCUGCAACCUGCUUCAACAAGGGGACAACCAUCGGCUCCGGUAACUGGUUCAUGUACGUCCAGCUAAACCUCGAGUGCCCAGAGAUUUGCGUCGAUCAGUGUUGCUGCCCGUCCACGCCACCUCCUACACACACCUGCGACAUUGGCACCGCAUUCGGCUAUGGUGAUGACUUCAAAAACCUCAACGGAAAUCCUGUCGGGCCAGCUGUGUGUAGCGCCAAUCGUUGGGGUUGGUACUUCACGCCCACCAAAGCUACAUUGAGCUCGGGCAUCACUGGAACACUGAUUGUCGGUGCCGGUGGCAACGACGUCGACAAAGGAAUCCCUGUGGGAACCUGGUCAGCUCAACUCAUUGGUUCCCAGUUCAGCUUUGCGUAUGAGUUGUACGAACAUUUCGAUCUGUCCUCGGUACAUGUCUAUGCUUCGUGCGCAUCGCCCACAAAAUGUGCCCCCGGACAGUAUACAUUCAAGGACGACAAUCUGAGUGGUGACUCGGACACUUCGUACGUCAAGAACUUUGCGAUUGAUGGCACCUGUUCAACCUACUAUGUUAUCUUCCACGCCUCGGUCAACAAGCAGCUCCCCUUGAGUGAGUCCUGCCCGUCGGCAGUGGAGUAA